UGAAGGGAGUAUGACACACAUGAAACGCCCAGAAGUGAAGGUAAGAUCUUACAUGGGUAGUGGGAUGGGCAGUUGACUUUUGACUUUAAUCAGAGACUUGUGCACUUACAUACUACGUUUGACUCCCUUAUUUUAUUUAUGGGUAAAGUUUAUAGGCAGUUCAAAUCGGCUAGGUGAAGAAGGAAGUAUGUACAUAGUUACUGUGACUAAGGUGAAACUGAAUUUGCUAUUACUUCAUUGUGAUGAAACGCCUGUUAGCUUCCUAUGUAAAGGAGGGGGGUUGAAAUGGGAGCAUGGAGCCUUUAGUUCCUGUGAUCAUCUUUUUUCCCCCCUACCCCUUAUUCAGAUAAUGAUCAGGCUAGUCUCUUGCCUUUUUAUAUAUUAUUUAAAAGAAUAAUAAUAUAAAAGAAAGACUUUUAAGAGGCAAGUCCAGGGAAUAUAAGGUAUGUAAAGGAAGACAGAGCUAAAAAGCUUGGGAGAUAUUCCUUUAUUAAGACCCUGAGAGUGGUUUGAUUUUAUGCUGUAGUAUUAUUAAAAAUUAUAACCCUAAAUCAUAAAAAAACCUAAAAGUCUGUAUUAGUUCAAUUGAACAUAAGUUAUGUUUAAAAGGAGACAUUCCUAGCAAUAGUAUUUAAAACAAAAGCUUUUUCCUUAAAAUAUGUAAAUAAUGAGCCAAGUAGAAAUUUUGGCUAUUCAGAAUAGCUGUAAUCCAUGCAGAGAGCAUCAAAUAGAGAUUAGUGUAAUGGGCUGGAAACUAGUCAGAGGAGAGAACUGAAGCCAGGUAGCACGUUGGAGUAAAUAAGUCAGUUGCAAUUGAAAGCAAUAAAGACUACACUCAGCUACACUUAAAAGUGCUUAGUAGGCUUUUCAACAUGAUAUUGAAGAGGCAAUAAGGAGUAUUGGUUUGGUUUGAAUAAUUAAAGUCAAGUUGAAGUUGAUUAAGGAUGAAGAAAAAAUAAAAUUUUAAAAAGAUGAAGAUAGAAAAUUAAUAGCCGCUAUUUUAAUUAACAAAAAUAAUUUUAAAAUUCACUGUUACUAACAAUGUCAUGCUAAAAAGGAACUGGUUGUAUGGAGAAACUUAAAAAAAUAUUUUUUAGAGUUGGUGGAUAGUAUAUACCAGGUUUUUAUGGAAACUAGGAUUAUUUUAAGUACAUCCAGUCACUCGGUGUUCUAGUUGUGUUUAAUUGCAGAACCUCAUGGGAAUUCUCUUUCAGGAAAAUUCUUCAAUCGCCAUGUCAACCGACACAGAUGUUUCUCUUUCUUCAUAUGAUGAAGGUCAGGGAUCUAAACUUGUCCGAAAAGCUAAAGAGGCACCAUUUGUCCCUAUUGGAAUGGCAGGUUUUGCAGCAAUCGUUGCAUUUGGAUUAUAUAAAUUGAAGAACAGGGGAAAUACUAAAAUGUCUAUUCACCUGAUCCACAUGCGCGUGGCAGCCCAAGGCUUUGUUGUGGGAGCAAUGACUCUUGGUAUGGGCUAUUCCAUGUAUAAGGAAUUCUGGGCAAAACCUAAACCCUAGAAGAAGAGAUGCUGUCUUGGUCUUGUUGGUGGUGCUUGCUAUAGUUAGACAUCUCAUAUUGAGGUUAUAUGUUUAUGCUGAAAAUAAAUUAUUUGAGUGGGUCAGACAGUAACACGGUAAUUUGAAUAUUGGCUUCCUUUCUUGCAGGCUUGAUUUGGCAGGUGACUAAAUUACUAGUGACUAGUUCACUAACGAGGUCAUUCAAGGGAGUCAUGUUAGUACGUAAGAAAUAUGUCACUUUUAAAUGCACUUGAUAGUGGUAAAAUGUCCACCUUUUUAAACUCUUCUGGUGAAAUUAGUUCUAAAGAAGACAGCAUGCCAUCCUGAAGUGCUCCCAGUUGCUGUAGAGUAUCACAUGCUUUCGAUGUUAGGUAGGAAUCCAUUUGCCCCAGUCAAUUUAACUUUUUCUGCCUGCCUGCAGACUGAACGAGUAUACUUCAGUUUUUAGGGCCAGUUGGCUCUUAAAGAACCCUUUCAGAUAACAGCUGCUAGAAGGUAGUAUUUAUUUUAGAAUCACACUUGUAAACAUAAUUAUGGAUCCUAGUUUAGCUCUUUUGUAAUUGCAGAAUUAUAUUUUUGCUGCUGUUAUAUUAGAAUAAUUUUUAAAUGUCACCUUGAAACAGAAAUAUGUAUUUUAAGUGCUAAUGCAAAGGUAAUGAAAAACAGUUUUUAAAUAUGUGCAGUAUGUUCCUUUUCUCUGUAAGAAUCAUAAAUGUUAAACUAAACAAAUUACCUGUAAUGGAAGUGAUUAAUGAUUUGAGAGCAAGCUCUGGUCAGACAUUUGACACAAACUUUUGGGUACUGCAGAGGCUUUGUUGCACUUGGGAGAUUCUAACCUGAAUUUACAUUCCAUGGUGACAACAUGGUAAAUGUAGUGUUAUUAAAGUAAGUGAUCAUAUCAA